AUGGCUUCAAUCAACGAUUUGGCGACGGCCGCUAUUGCGAGCUCCGAUACAGCGGAUGACUCAACUCGGGGCGCAUUCAUUAUUUUGGAGGGUUUGGAUAGAAGUGGAAAGACUACACAGGUGAAACUGCUGGAGCAGAGAUUUGUCGAGGAGGGUAAAAAGGUCAAGGUCAUGAGAUUUCCUGACAGGACUACACCUAUUGGGCAGAUGAUUGAUGCGUAUCUCAAGAGUGAUGUCGAGAUGGAUGAUCAUGUUAUUCAUUUAUUGUUUAGCGCAAACAGAUGGGAAGCUGUCAAACAAAUCCAAUCUCUACUCGCUUCUGGUACUACAAUUGUCUGUGACCGGUAUUAUCACUCAGGCAUAGUAUACUCAGCCGCCAAGCAGAACCCCUCUCUGACCCUCCCUUGGGCACGAGCACCAGAACGCGGUCUCCCCCGACCAGACCUUGUCUUGUUCCUCGAUUUGACCGAAGAGCAAGCUCAAGCUCGAGGUGGUUGGGGUGGAGAGGUCUAUGAACGAUCUGGUAUGCAGAAACGAGUACGGGAAUUAUUCUGGGGUCUCAGCAUGGGCGGGAAAGACCUUGCGGCGCAGGGACUUGGGCUAGGUGAGGGUGAGGACUGGACACAGGAGGAGGAGGAUCUAGUGGUAGUUGAUGCAGGCGGGAGUGUAGAGGAGGUUGCUGAGGAGGUUUGGAAAAAGGUUAGGGGUAGAGUUGAACAGGUUGAGAGGGGAGAGGUUGGAAGGACUGUGAGAGUUGUUAGGUGA